AAAAACUAUAAAAAUGGUCACUCUAUCUAGAUUCGCACUGUCGGUGCCUUUCCUUCCUUCCUCUAACUGCUCUUUUACCCAAUUCAUUAAGCAGUCAUGCCUGGAGGUGCAAUUGCCGUUGGAGAUGGUAUUGGUGCCAAUGCUCCCAAAAACAGAUUUGCGGGAAUUUUGAUGACCGCGUUUGCAGCGUUUGGAGGGAUCCUAUUCGGAUACGACACUGGAACGAUAUCUGGAAUCAAGGUGAUGCCGGACUGGUUGCGUACGUUUGGCCAUCCAACGCCCGAUGACCCGAAAUUACCGUAUAAUAUCACCACGAGCCAGGAAUCCUUGGUUGUCUCAAUUCUGUCUGCCGGCACGUUCGUUGGUGCUCUCCUUGCUGCACCUAUGGCAGAUUAUGUUGGUCGUAAAUGGGGUAUCGUCGCAUCUUGUUUGGUGUUCUCUAUCGGUGUUGCGAUGCAGACUGCAUCAACCGCAAUACCGCUAUUCGUCGUCGGACGAGUUUUUGCUGGACUUGGUGUCGGUCUUGUGUCUUGCUUGGUUCCCAUGUAUCAGUCUGAAUGUUCACCGAAAUGGAUUCGUGGAGCUGUUGUCUCUCUGUACCAAUGGGCAAUUACUAUUGGCCUCUUGUUGGCGGCUAUUGUCAACAAUGCUACUCAAAACCGAGACGACCAUUCAUCAUACCGGAUUCCGAUAGCUAUUCAAUUCAUAUGGGCUGCCGUACUUGCUGGGGGAAUGGCAUUUCUUCCUGAGUCUCCUCGUUGGCUCAUCAAGAGAGGACGACUUGAUGCUGCUGCUGCUGCAAUGUCUCGUUUGACUGGCGCAUCUCCAAACGAUCCUUUUGUUCAGGAAGAGAUACGGCUUAUCGCGGACAACUUGGAAGCCGAGAGGGCACUUGGAGAAAGUUCCUACCUUGACUGUUUCAGGCCAAGUUCAAACAAAAUUGCAUUCCGAACUUGGACUGGUCUUGCUAUCCAAGGAUGGCAACAACUCACUGGAAUCAACUUCAUCUUCUACUAUGGCACAACGUUCUUCCAAGCAUCUGGUAUUAAGGAUCCCUUCCUGAUCACCAUCGCCACAAAUGUGGUGAACGUAGGGAUGACUCUUCCUGGCAUUUACGGUGUUGAGAAAUUUGGAAGGCGUAGUCUGCUCAUAUGGGGUGCUGUUGGCAUGUGUGUCUGUGAAUUCAUUGUCGCUAUUGUUGGUGUCACCGUCUCCGGCGACAACAUCGCUGGCCAGAAAGUCUUGAUCGCGUUCGUUUGCAUUUACAUCGCUUUCUUCGCUAGUACAUGGGGACCAAUUGCUUGGGUUAUCACAGGAGAAAUAUUCCCUCUGCAAGUCCGUGCCAAGGCUAUGUCCAUGUCUACUGCUAGUAACUGGUUAUGGAACUUCGGCAUCGGGUAUGCGACCCCUUUCCUUGUCAACACUGGAGCGGGAAAUGCGGAUCUCCAAGUAAAAGUAUUCUUCAUUUGGGGCUCUACAUGUGCCUGUUGUAUCUUGUUCACACUCUUCUGCAUUCCUGAAACGAAAGGACUGUCUUUGGAACAGAUUGAUCUGAUGUACCAAAACAGUACUCCAUUAACUUCUCACAAGUACCGAGCACGAUUGUUCGCCGGCGAGGAAGUCGGCAAGGGCCACCACGACGAGGGAUCCGAAGAAAAAGUUUGAUUUUUCUUUUUCGGGAACAACGUGGUUCUUCGAGUUCUGUACCUGUAACUUCGUACUUAGUGUCCCAGUUUUGUUACGAUUUGCUUCGUUCACGUAUAUAUGUCCAGUUAAUAUGUGCACCACUUUUCGGUCGAGUAACAUCUACAUCUGCAUUCAAUUCACCUGACACGUUUAGGAACCACUCACCACGUUAUCGCCGCUUUGUAUGUAGACAGGGGCGUUCUUCGUUCUGUAAAAGUUACCAAAUGUGAGUGAAGGCUUUGCUACAAGUCCC